AUGAAGAUUAUGGUGGCCGUGAAACGAGUGAUCGACUAUGCCGUCAAAAUAAGAGUGAAGGCCGACAAGAGCGGAGUGGAGACUCAAAACGUCAAGAUGUCGAUGAACCCAUUCUGCGAGAUAGCUCUGGAAGAGGCUCUUCGAAUCAAGGAAGCAGGAUUGGCAUCUGAAGUGGUCGCCGUCACUAUGGGCCCCAAGCAAUCCAUCGAUACGUUGCGGACGGGUCUGGCCAUGGGCGCCGAUAGAGGGAUUCACGUGGAGGCCACUGGCGAUUUGUUUCCUCUUGCUGUGGCUAAGCUUUUCAAAGCUCUUGUUGAGAUAGAGAAGCCCGGUCUGAUUAUUCUAGGAAAACAGGCCAUUGAUAAUGAUUGCAAUCAAACUGGGCAAAUGGUGGCAGGACUUCUAGGGUGGCCUCAGGGGACAUUUGCUUCCAAGGUCGUGCUUGACAAGGAAAAACAGGAAGUAAUGGUGGAUCGAGAAGUUGAUGGUGGUCUGGAAACUGUGUGUUUAAACUUACCAGCAGUUAUCACCACCGAUCUAAGACUGAACCAACCUAGGUAUGCGACACUGCCCAACAUUAUGAAAGCAAAAUCAAAGCCCGUCAAGAAAUACACCCCGGAGGAGCUGAACGUUGCUAUGAAGUCCGAUCUAGAGGUUGUUGAAGUCACAGAGCCGCCCAAGAGGAAAGCAGGGGUGCUAGUCUCUUCCGUGGACGAGUUGAUUGACAAGCUUAAAAAUGAAGCUCAUGUCAUCUAA